AUGAAAUACAAUUGUCAUAUUCUGGAUUUUUUCAAGGAUUUUCUUAGCUUGGUGGAGAAAUUUUACUAUCUCUCUGGCAGAUAUGACAUUGAGCUGACUGUUGGUGAUGCUGUCAUAGAGAACUCUUUCUUACGGCCACUUGGCCAUCUUGAAUUAGAUCUUCCAGAAGUACCUACUAUCAAGGCACCCCGUCUUCCUCCACUAGCUAUUGAUCCAUACACGAGAUAUGGGCCCAAAGCAGAGAUAACCCACUUAUUCAGGACUCCUGAAAGUAAAGUUGCUGUAGAAGGGAGAGUUCAGUUUGAUCUGCUCCAGGUCAGCUUCACCGGUUCGAUGGAGAUAAAGCUGCUAGCCUUGCUCUCUUGGGCAUAGUAUAUAACAAGGUCAAAUUUCUCUUAAGUGAAUAAUAAUGAAGAAACUCAG